AGCUCCUUUUCACACUUAUCUAACACCAUUGUUUUUUCAAGAUUCUUUAUUUUUUUAUUUUUUAUUUUUGUUGAAUGUGAUGUUUGAGCUUUUGAAUAUUGAAAUAUUACUGUUCAUGAAGUGACGCGUGGUUUCUCUGCUGUAACUGUGAAGUGUUUGUUUCUGCAGUGAAAUCUACUAACAAAAAUAAAAUUCUUUUUUCUCACUAUUUGAGGAAAAAAACAACAACAGUUGUGUAAUAGUUAUACUUUACUGUUUUCUUGGACUUUUGGGGGUGUACUGUAAAUAUAGGUUUCCUAAUAGAUUCCCAUUUCUCAUUCUUGCUUUUCUUGUUGAAAAAGAUCUCAUUUUUUUUACUUUGGGAAUUUUUAAGGUUUUGUUUGUUCCUGGGUCCAGGAAUAUCUUGGUUGCAUUUUGUGGGGUUUAAAGUUGGAUUUUUGAAUUCACAUUGUUUGAAUUUAGGGGUGUGGAUCAGAAGAAUCUUGCUGGAUCUUUAAGUCACUCUGCAAAACUGGAAUAGUGGAACUGAGAUUGAUAUUGCUUGGAUCUGAGGGGAAAUCAUGGUUUGUAGCUGAUGCUAGAUUGGAUAUGCAACAAUGUCGAGGAGCACUAAGUGGAAGCUUGAAAAGAAUAAAGUGAAAGUGGUCUUUCGGCUUCAAUUUAAUGCUACUCACAUACCACAAACUGGAUGGGACAAGUUAUUCAUAUCUUUUAUCCCUGCUGACUCUGGAAAAACAAUUGCAAAGACGACCAAAGCGGCUGUAAGAAAUGGAACAUGCAAAUGGGGUGAUCCAAUUUAUGAAACGACAAGGCUUCUUCAAGAUGUCAAAAGCAAACAAUUGGAUGAGAAGCUAUACAAACUUGUGGUUGCCAUGGGUUCUUCACGAUCUAGUGUCCUGGGCGAGGCAACAAUUAAUCUUGCUGAUUAUGCUGAAGCAUCGAAGCCUUCUGCUGUUGCUUUGCCUCUUCAAGGAUGCAAUGCAGGAACAAUAUUACAUGUCACAGUUCAGUUGCUAACCUCUAAAACGGGAUUCAGAGAAUUUGAGCAGCAAAGGGAACUUAGGGAGAGAGGUUUGCAGUCAGGAUACGAUAACAAGCAUGAUGACUCUGGUACUGGGAAAGUCCUAUUUUCCGGAGAGACUGGACAUGAUCACAUUGAUAAGGUUAGUUCAAGGGUCAGAUUCAGACCAGAGGCUAAAGAACUCUCUUCUGUUGAGGAGGAAGUGGAACUAAAGGAGGAAUGUACUGACUUGACAGCUGGAUUUGAUGGUUCUUCCAAUACUUCAGAGAGUCUAUAUGCCGAAAAGCAUGAUUCAUCAAGUGCACAUGAAACUGAUAGUCAAGGCCAGCUGUCAGAGAAAGGUAAUAAAUCUGAUAAUCAAGCAACGGCACAGAGUAGUAGUUCGGUUCAUGGAUGGGUGUUGGACUGCUCAGUGGAUAAUGAACUGGCAAUUGCUUAUGAGGAGAAUAAUAGACUUAGAGCAAGCCUGGAAUUGGCAGAAUCAUCAGUUUUUGAGCUUAAACUUGAGGUAAGCACUCUUCAAAGUCAAGCUAAUAAAUUGGGUUCCGAAACAGAAAAGUUUUGUCAGCUGCUUACUGCUGAGAUAUCCUCUAGCGUGGAGUUGGCAAAAGAGGUUUCUGUCCUUAAAUCAGAAUGUUUAAAUUUCAAAGAUUGUAUUGAAAGACUAAGAGCUUUGAAAUCAAGCUGUCAAAAUCGUGGUGGUGAAAGUGGUGUUGCUGAUUCUGGCUUAGUUCAAGAUAUACAGGUAAGAUGGAUGAAAGGAAUUUCAGUGGUUGAAGAUAGAAUCAAAGAACUUCAAAAUAAAGUUUGUCUUGGAUUCUAUGAAAGAGACUACAGGUUUCUUCAUUCGGAAUUGGAGGCGUUGCUUCAAAUUCUACAGGAGGUUAAACAAGGAGCAAGAGAUGAGAUGUUAUUGCUAAAUAAAGUAACAUCAGUGGAUAUAAAGGAGACUACAGCGAGAGAUUUACCCAAUAUUGAACAGCCAUUGUCAGGGCUUGGGUUGGAAUUGGAUCUUUGUACACCAGAGAAUUUGCUUCAUCAUAUUGGCAUACCCCCACUGGUUACUCAAGGAACUGAUUCCACAGUUGCUAUUGAUGCAAUGAAAGCCAAAAUUUUUGAUCUGGUAAGAGAAUUGGAUGACGCAAAGGUUGAAAGGGAAAAUCUGCUGAGAAAAAUGGAUCAGAUGGAGUGUUACUACGAAGCUCUUGUUCAAGAACUCGAGGAAAAUCAGAAGCAAAUGCUGGCAGAGUUGCAGGGUCUAAGGAAUGACCAUUCGACAUGCCUUUAUACCAUCUCGAGUAGCAAAGCUGAAAUGGAAUUAAUGCGACAAGAUAUGAGUCAGCGUAUUUUACAGCUUGCUGAUGAGAGACGUGAUUUGGAUACACUUAAUAAGGAGCUCGAGAGAAGAGCUUCUACUUCAGAAGCAGCUCUGAAAAGAGCCCGCUUGAAUUAUUCUAUUGCAGUAGAUAAGCUGCAAAAGGAUUUGGAGCUUCUUUCCUUACAGGUGGUGUCCAUGUUUGAGACUAAUGAGAACCUCAUGAAGCAAGCAAUUCCAGAACCUUCGCAACCACAAUUCCUUGGAUAUUCAGAUAUUGUUCAGAAUUUAGAAGAAUAUGAUAAUACAGAGCAGUUGCCAAUUCAGGAUCAACAUGUAAGUGCAAGGAAACUAACACUCAGUGGAGAUGUCCUUACUGAUGACUUGAAAAGAUCACUUUGCUUGCAGGAGGAGCUUUACAAGAAGGUUGAAGAAGAACUUGGUGAAAUGCACUCAGUUAACUUGCACUUGGAUGUAUUCUCAAGGGUUUUACUUGAAACUGUGAUUGAAGCAAAUGCUAAUGCUGGAAUGAUGAAGAAAGAUAUGGGCGAACUUGCUCAGCAGUUGGAGGCUUUGAAUCUCUGCAAGGAGCAGUUGGUGGUAAGAUUACAGGCUGCUUUGGAAGAUGUUCACAUUUUGCAUGAGGAGAAAGCAAGUUGCUUCCUCAAAUGCAGCGAUCUUUCUCUGCAGAAUCAAUCUUUGGAAGCUGAACUCGUGAAUCUUUCAAAGGCAAACUGUCUCCUCACUGAGAAGGUUAUCGAACAGGAAGCAAUCAUGGUGCAACACACAGCAACUCAGAGAAGAUAUGAAGCUUCUGCAGAAGAAAAUAAAGCACUCUCCACUUCAUUGAAACAGGAAUCGUUGAAAAGCAGUAGGCUUCAAGAUGAGAUUUCACUUCUGAAGGAUGAUUUGCUAACUGUCAGAGCCAAAUCAGAGGACUUGGCUUCCUCAAAUGAAAAUCUUCAUGAAGAUAUUAGCUUUGUGCAGGGUAAGUUGGCUGGUAUAUUGGUAUCUUAUGAGAAGGAACUAUCUCUUCUAUGCAAUUCCUCUUGCCGUGAGUUGGAGUUCAGGGAUAUAAGAGGUCUCACCAUGCAACUGGAAGAGGUUCAGCAUAGUGCGUGUAGAAAGAUUCUUCAUCUUAUGCAGGAGAAGCAAAAUCUAGAAAGUGAAAAAUUAGUUGCUGAGUUAUCCUUGUCUGCUAGUAGAUCAGAAAUAAUUGCCAUGAGGCAAAAGUUUAAAAAUGAUAUACAGAGGAUUGUAGCUAAAUUUGAUGUAUCAACUGCCCUUGUGGAGAAACUUCAGGUUGAACUUGAAUCUGUGACCAAUAAACUUCACCUUACCUCUGAAGUUGAAGAAAAUUAUGCACAACAGAACAGAGAGCUUCUGGUUGAUCUUGCUGCCUUUGAAGUCGAGUUACAAAAUGUAGUAUCGAAGAAUGGGCAUAUUGCUCAAGAGAUCUUGGGCUUGGACUCUGUAGCUGACGAGCUUGAGCAAAAUGAGUUAACCAUUUGUGAACUAAGACAAGAGAAGGAGGAUCUCAUGACCUCUCUACACGACAAGGCUGAGGAAUUUGCCAAGCUCACUUCAGAAGUUAGUCAUCUGAAAGUCAAUUUGAGAAGUCUGCAAGAUGAAUUGCAACUCGAGAGAGGUCUUAAGGAUAAACUAGAGGGUUCAGUAAACGAGAAGGAUGGCAGGUUACUGGAUUUGGAAAAGCAAAUUGCUGAACUGGUGCAGUUCAGGCAACUGGCAUCAGAGUUAGAGGUUGAGAAAUGUAGACUUAGCCAUCUUUUGCAGCAGCAUGAUGAGCAUGCAGCAAAGCUUCAGGAAGAGUUAUCCUGUGUGUCUGGUCUAGAGGGCUCUGUGAGAGAUCUUGCCUCCCAAUUGAAUGAGAAGGAUGGCAGGUUAUUGAAAUUGGAAAAGCAAAAUGCUGAGCUGGUGCAUUUCCGGCAGCUGGCAUCAGAUUUAGAAGUGGAAAAAUCUAGACUUGAUCAGCUUCUGCAGCAGCGUGAUGAGCAUGCGGCAAAGCUUCAGGAAGAGUUGUCCUGUGUUUCUGGUUUAGAGGGGUCAGUUCAAGAACUUACUUCUCAACUGAAUGAGAAGAAUGACAGGUUACUGGAUUUAGAAAAGGAAAAUGCUGAACUGGUGAAUCUCAGGCAGCUGGCAGCAGAUUUAGAAUUGGAGAAGUGUAGACUUGACCAACUUGUGCAGCAGCGUGAUGAGAAGGUGGCAAAGCUUCAGGAAGAGUUGUCCUGUGUUUCUGGUUUAAAGAGCUCAGUUCAAGAUCUUACUUCUCAACUGAAUGAGAAGAAUGACAGGUUAGUGGAUUUGGAAAAGCAAAUUGCUGAACUGGUGAAUCUCAGGCAGCUGGCAGCAGAUUUAGAAGUGGAGAAAUGUAGACUUGACCAACUUGUGCAGCAGCGUGAUGAGCAUGUGGCAAAGCUUCGUGAAGAUUUGUCAUGUUUUUCCGGAUUAGAGGGCUCAGUGCGAGAUCUUACUUCUCAAUUGAACGAGAAGAAUGACAGGUUACUGGAUUUGGAAAAGCAAAAUGCUGAGCUGGUGCAUUUCAGGCAGCUUGCAGCAGACUUAGAAGUGGAUAAAUGCAGACUUGACCAACUUGUGCAGCAGCAUGAUGAGCAUGUGUCAAAGCUUCAGGAAGAUUUGUCGUGUGUUUCUGGUUUAGAGGGCUCAGUGCGAGAUCUUACCUCUCAACUGAACGAGAAAAAUGACAGGUUACUGGAUUUGGGAAAGCAAAAUGCCGAGCUGGUGCAUUUCAGGCAGCUUGCAUCAGAGUUAAGACUGGAGAAAUCUAGACUUGACCAUCUUUUGCAGCAGCGUAAUGGGCAAAUGGAAAAACUUCAGGAAGAGCUUUCCAAUGUUUCUGAUCUUAAAAGGCAUAUGCUAGAAAUACAAGAGUAUGCCAUAGUUUCUGAUGUUAAGUUCACAGUUGCCAUGAGCCAUUGUGAAACACUGGAUCUGGAGCUUGUGCGGCAGCUUAAAUCAUCAGAUGGGUCCAUUGCCGAGCUUCAGAGAAGAUGCGAUGAUUUGCAGACCAAGUUGAAUCAAUGCCUUGCAAGUGAGGCUUGUUCGAUUCAAGAAAACAAGGAGUUGCUAAGAACUCUUUGUGCUGUUAGAUCUGAUUUUGAAGCUUCUAUUGCUCAAAGUAAUGUUCUUUCAGAUGCCAAGAACGUUAGCACAGUGAAACUUGAGGAAUGCAAGAAGGAGAUGGUAAUGUUGGAGGAUUCUCUCCUCGAGACUAAUAAUUUUCAUGUUCGAGAAGUGGAGAAGUUGAAGUACAUGCUGGCAAAUGCCGAAGAAGAAAUUAAUCACUUGUUACUCUCCAAGGAGGAACUGGAGAUCAAGGUGAUUGUGCUCCAAGGCAAAUUAGAUGAACCGCACCCCUACACGAUUUUACAGGAGAACAACAGAGAUGAAGUGGUCACCUUACAGUUACAGUGUAAUGAGCUUACCCAGAAGUGUAAAGAGCUAAGUCACAAGUUCUCUGAGCAGGCCCUGAAGACGGAAGAAUUCAAAAACUUAUCCAUCCAUUUGAAGGAGCUCAAGGAUAAGGCUGAUGCAGAAUGUCUCCGGGCUCGCGAGAAAAGAGAAUCUGAAGGGCCACCAGUUGCUGUGCAAGAGUCCUUGCGAAUAGUCUUUAUUAAAGAGCAAUAUGAAUCAAAAUUCCAAGAGUUGAGACAACAAGUUUCCAUCUCCAAAAAGCAUGGAGAAGAUAUGCUUUUGAAGUUACAGGAUGCAUUAGAUGAAAUUGAAAGCAGGAAGCGAUCUGAAGCUUUGCACUUGAAGAAGAAUGAAGAACUAGCUCUCAAAAUCUUGGCGUUGGAAUCCGAAUUACAGUCUGUGCUUUCUGACAAGCGUGAAAUAAUCAACGAUCAUGACAGAAUAAAGGCAGAAUUGGAGUGUGCUUUGCUAAGUCUAGAGUGUUGCAAGGAAGAAAAAGACAAACUUGAAAUAUCUUUGCAAGAACGUGUGAGAGAGAACUCCAGAAUUGCAGCUGAACUUACUUUGACUAUGGAGCAGCUGGAGAAUGUCACAUCUUCUAUUGUAUCAACGAGAGAAAAUGGCCAGAUGGACAAAGUUGAGCUUGCACCUAAUGAGUCAAAUGUAAAUCCUUCUCCUGAUGCCACGCCUCAAGGAGAUUCAUCUGAUGUCCAGAAUGUCAAGGAAACAACCUUAUUUAUGAAUGGUAGAAGUGAAGAAUCAAGCUCACCAGUGAAACUUCUACUCACUCCGGAUGCUGCAUUAACAGCUGUUGAAGGUUACUCACCACCAAGCAAUGGAAGGCAUUUAGAUUUCAGCAAUGAACUGUUUGGAAGCAGGAAUUUGAGGUCUAGCAUGGAACAUUUACACGAAGAGUUGGAAAGGAUGAAACGUGAAAACUCUCUCAUUCCUGAGGACCAACAUUCUGAUCCAGGUUUUGAAGUUUUUCAGAGCGAACUCGUGCAAUUACACAAGGCAAAUGAAGAGCUCCGAAGCAUGUUCCCAACAUUCAAGGAUAUAGCUAGCACUGGUAAUGCACUAGAGAGGGUACUUGCGCUGGAAAUUGAGCUUGCUGAAGCAUUGAAGGCAAAAAAUAAGUCUAGUAUGUUCCAGAGUUCGUUUCUGAAACAACAUAGUGAUGACGAAGCAAUCUUCAAAAGCUUCAGAGACAUUAACGAGUUGAUCAAGGAAAUGUUGGAAAUUAAAGAAAAGCAUGUAGCUAUGGAGAAUGAACUUAGGGAGAUGCACGAUCGAUACUCCCAGCUAAGCCUCCAGUUUGCGGAGGUUGAAGGCGAGAGACAAAAACUGAAGAUGACUCUCAAGAAUGUCAGAGCAUCCAAGACGAAGCUCGUGCAGCUAAAUCGUUCCUCAUCGUCCAUAGUAGACAGUCCAUCAUAGCCACUCUUUGAAUCCAUUUCUUCAUAAGCUCUCUGUGAGUAGAUGCCAACACGUCUCAUGUUAGCGCUAUAAGUUGGUUCAGUUUUAUGGACUGGCUUGCCAAGAUAAGCUCCAAAUAUUGAGGAACCAAUCCCGCAAGCUGCCUUGCUUCUAUGUAAAUGUUAAAAUGUGGCUGUCAAAUUUUGUCACCCUUCUAAGUUAAGUGUAGAUCUAGAUAUCCCAUAUAUUAUAGCCUCAUUUCCCAUUUUUACCUGUAUUUGGCUGUAAUAUUAUGUAUAGAAAUUAGAUUAUCCUGUAAUUAACACUGCUGCUUCUACUUUAAGCCGUGUAAGAGGCGUCAAGAUUUGUCAUACUGAGCUGCUUUGUCUAUAAUUGUGAAGAUUUCCCUUCCAAUG